AUGAGCGGCCUCCCUCCAGAACAGGGAGUGAGGGACAUAAGCUCCUCCUGGUCCUCCUGCUCAGGUCCUCCUCCUCCCCCUGCUCCUCCUGUUCCUCCUGCUCAGGUCCUCCUCUUCCUCCUGCUCCUCCUGUUCCUCCUGCUCAGGUCCUCCUCCUCCUCCUGUUCCUCCUGCUCAGGUCCUCCUCCUCCUCCUGUUCCUCCUGUUCCUCCUGCUCAGUUCCUCCUCUUCCCCCUGCUCCUCCUGUUCCUCCUGCUCAUGUCCUCCUCUUCCUCCUGCUCCACCUGUUCCUCCUGCUCAGGUCCUCCUCCUCCUGCUCCUCCUGUUCCUCCUGCUCAGGUCCUCCUCCUCCUCCUGCUCCUCCUGUUCCUCCUGCUCAGGUCCUCCUCCUCCUCCUGCGUAGGUCCUCCUCCGCCUGCUCCUCCUGUUCCUCCUGCUCAGUUCCUCCUCCUCCUCCUGCUCCUCCUGCGUAGGUCCUCCUCCUCCUGCUCCUCCUGUUCCUCCUGCUCAGUUCCUCCUCCUCCUGUUCCUCCUGCUCAGGUCCUCCUCCUCCUGCGUAGGUCCUCCUCCUCCUCCUGUUCCUCCUGCUCAGGUCCUCCUCCUCCUGCUCCUCCUGUUCCUCCUGCUCAGGUCCUCCUCCUCCUCCUGCUCCUCCUUCUGACAGGUGGUGUAAGCAGCCACAGUGAGCUCAGAGUGUGGAGGAGGAGCUGGGAACCUGAGACCUGUGUCUCUCUGAGCUCCGCGCACUCGGCCCCUGACGAUGGGCAGGAUUACUUCAGGUGCCAAAGUGGAGCUCUCCACAGACACACAGGACAGGGGUCUGAGGAGGUGUUCAGGCGAGACAAGUCCACAGGACAGGGGUCUGAGGAGGUGUGGAGGAGAGACGAGUCCACAGGUGUCAAGAGCGAGGAGCAGAGAGCCCAGGAGGAGCAGAGAGCCCAGGAGGAGCAGAGAGCCCAGGAGGAGCAGAGAGCCCAGGAGGAGCAGAGAGCCCAGGAGGAGCAGAGAGCCCAGGAGGAGCAGAGAGCCCAGGAGGAGCAGAGAGCCCAGGAGGAGCAGAGAGCCCAGGAGGAGCAGAGAGCCCAGGAGGACACAGGUUUGUAUCACUGCUCAUACAGUCUCAGUCUCUUGUUCACAGAGAUGAAGUUGAAAUACAUGGACCUGGACUCGGUCCUGGUUCAGACUCGAUGGUGGACUCGGUCCCAGUUCAGACUCGAUGGCUGCAGCCAAUCACAGAGCAGCACACUGAAGCGCACGCUUACAAACCACUGCUUAGUCAAGAGUCCCUAA